AUGGAAUUGUUAACAUUAUUUUUUAUUGUAGUUAUGUGCGCUUUUGCAUAUAUCUUAGGUUACCGUUAAAAGGAAUAAGAAAAUAGCUAGAGUUAUAAGUCUAACACCACAAAGCAAUACAAUAGAAUUAGCGAGGAUCAUUGUGAUGAAGAAGCUUUAGUUGAAAGAACUCCUCAGCCAAAACCAGCUGAAGAAGUUAAUAGUGAGAAAGAUACAUUGAUUAAAGAUUAACAAAAAGAAAUUGACAGAUUAAUGAGAUAGCUUACUGAUUUUAAAAAGAGAGAGUAAAAAAAUGUAGCAGAAAUUUAGUAUUUAAAAACGAAGAUUACUUCUUCAACUGUAGGAACUUCAUCAAACCCAAGCAACAAUCAAGGGUCAGAUUUAAUCACAGACAAAGGAUUCACAGAUUUAUUGGAUGAGGCUUCAUAAAAUUUAAAAGACAAUGAAGAUAUUGAUGAAGAUGAACUCUCUAAGCAAAUUGAUUAAUCAUUAUUAUGA